AUGGGCCAGACGGUGGGCAACCUCGGCUGGCGGCUCAGCCUGCUGCUGCUGUCCUUGCUCCUGGUGCGAGCCGGCAUCUGGGGAUUCCCAAGGCCCCCGCAGAGCCUGCAGGAGCUGCGCAGGGAGUUCACGGUCAGCUUGCACCUUGCCAGGAAGCUGCUGUCUGAGGUUCAAGGCCAAGCCCACCGCUUUGCUGAAGCUCACCUGCCGGGGGUGAACUUGGACCUCCUGCCCCUGGGGGAGCAGUUCCCCAACGUGUCCUUGACAUUCCAGGCCUGGCGCCAGCUCUCUGACUCAGAGCGACUCUGCUUCCUCUCCGUGGCGCUCCGGCCCUUCCGCGGCCUGCUGGGGGAGCUGGGGAGCCAGGCAGGCUGGAGCGGCUCUGAGAGGAUGCGGCUGUGGGCCACGAGGCUGGACCUCCGGGACCUCCAGCGGCACCUCCAGCGGCACCUCCACUUCCAGGUGCUGGCUGCGGGAUGCGACCUCCCCGAGGAAGAGGAAUGGGAGGAAGGGAAGGGGCUGCUCCCAGGGGCUCCAGGCGGCCCCACCCCAGCGUGGGCCCAGCUGUCCUGGCCCCAACUCCUCCACAACUACCAGCUGCUGCACUCCCUGGAGCUCGUGCUGUCGCGGGCUGUGCGGGAUUUGCUGCUGCUAUCCAAAGCCGGGCACCCUGUCCAGGCCUUGCUGCUCCCACCACCCAGCCCCAGCCCUGACCAAGGAACUUCCGAGCCCGUGCCCCUCACCCUUUAGGACUGGAAUCAUGGCCAACAGGACAGG